CGACGCGCGCAGUACUCAACGAAAUGAACAGAAAAGUGAAAAAGUGAAAUAUGCGUCUGUUUUCAAAUUCGAAAAUGCAAAUACACUUGAUCGUCGUCGGAGUCGAUCGAUGGAAGUACUACACAGGAGGGUGCUCGUCCAAGAGAUUGGCAGCCUCGUAGGUCUCAGUACAAGGUGCCGCUGAGAUUAUUGCGAUUAUGUUUGCUCGGGAUGUUCCUUCCCUCCAUAUUGGUAGCGGGACCGAUGUACUUGCGAUAUCGCGUAUAUUCCGAGCAAUUGUACCCUUUAGCCGUCUCCGAUCAGAGGCUGAUCGACGGAAAAGUGUCGACUACAUGGUGCCAGAGCCAAUUGAUCAAAGUUAACACGACUUUCAACGCCUAUCUAAUGAGCGACGAACCGACGGUUAAAAACGACGUCGAAUUCGUCUCGAUGACCAGGCACUUGGUCUUGGAAGACGACAUGAAGGAAUAUUGGGGAUUUUAUCUUCUGAGCGGCAGCAACGUAACGGUUUCCACGUGCGUCAGGUGGCCUGGUGCUUGGUUGACGAUCAUUCGCGGGCACAAGCAUCUUCACGAGUGCGCCUUCAUCGGGGAUGACAGCAGCGAAGAGUUGGAGGAACUUCUCGAAAUCGCUAAAGAGACCGGAUUGCUUACAGUUAACGGAACGCUCCAGAACGAGAGUCCCAGCAACGAGCCCGAGAAGAUGAAGAGGGUCCAGCAAGGGGUGGAGUUCCACCACAAGGACCACGCUCAUCUUCAAAACAGCUCGAAGUACGCCACGAACACGAUGGCGCAUCACUACAGCAGUCACGAGUUGGACGCGAAAGCGAUGCGCGCCAUUCUCACCGAGCUGUUCGCCAAAACGCUCGACACGAAGAACAAACAGAAGGAGAAUCCCCAUCAUCACUACGAGGGCACGUUCGUGGAGAUGGCGAACAUCGAGAAACCGCCGCAAUACUCGCUGAACCUCUCCAAGGAAAUGGAGAACGAGCGCGAGGAACGCGAAGAACCGAAACUUCCGAAGAGGCAAAGCGAAGAAGAGAAAUUUAAACAACAACGCGACGAAUUCGAGCAGAAAAACGUACCGAGUCGUACGAAACCAGGAAACGAGGGCUCCGCGGAGGUGUUGCAGGAAAUUAUGGACAAGAUCAACUCGCUGGGCAACCGUGGCCAGAAGAUAUUGAAGAAGUUAAUGGUGGAGAUCGAGAAGAAGGGCACCGAAGGCGAAGCGUUGCGACGUGUCGUGGACGAAACGAUGAACGACCAGAAGCUCACCAACACGGAGAAGCGGAGAAGACGAAGGGACUUGGUGUUGUCUUCGUCCCUCCACGAGGAAUUGACGGAUGAGGACGAGGCUGGGGACGCCGCCAUCGAAGAGGAUAUGUUGAACCCAGAUGGUAUCGCCGAGGAUAGGGGCACCGUGAACGAGACUACCCUGAACGACAGAAGCAACUCCGAGUUCUGGAGCUCGUUCAGCAGCUCCGAGGAACGGUUACUGAACUGCAAGGGUUUGAUUUUGAAUCUGCCAUUGACGCCACAUCGAAGCUGCACCCCGAGGCACGAGAAGGAGCAUGACACAGCUUCGUUCGCCAAUAAGGUCACGUACAGGGUGCCCACGAACGGAUACUACUUCUUCGUGUUCAGCUCCGAGAACGAGAUACAACCGAACUUCCUGCGGGUACGUUUCGAGCUCCUGAAGACCGUCUACAAUAUUUCGAACCCGGUUCAUUCGUGUAAAAAUAGUACCACGGAGUGCUCGUUGCCGUUCAAGCUUUUCAGCAACGAGAGGACUGUGUUAGAGUUGCCAUUGAGCGGCAACGAUUCGCAGUGGAACGAGGAGUACGUGGUGGUCUCAACGUGCGAGCCAAGGACCGCCAUUUACGUGAUCUGCAUCAUGCUCGUUCCAUUGCUCAUCCUCGCGUUCGCUUUUCACUGACACAAGCGUUGGAUCGGCGCGUCGUGGUGGACGGUAUCCUAAUCGAGCCACGAACACACGCUGAUAAUGCUCACUUGUAAAUAUUAGACUUAAGUCGAACCGUAAAGACAAGCCAUUGUUGCGAUGGCCGACAGUACAACAGUAUUCUAUUUCCUUUUUCGUAAAUUACGUGAUAGUUCGAUCAAAGAAUAGCCAUAGUCCGGAGUCUACGAUAAACGGUGGGCAGCGUAUGGAAGAGAGCGAGUAUGUACAUCACUCGGGGUGUUUUGUAUCGAAAUUUUUUAGAUACUAGUGUGUCGUUAAGAUAACGAUGUUUGCGCGGUAUAAAACUGAAACGUAAACUGCAAUCAAACGCAGUUUAUUACCGAGAAACGCUCGACGAUAUUAGACUUUUGUAUAUAGUACUUAGCACGCUUUAUAGACUUUACAAUUUUGUGAUGCACGAAUAGAUUAGUUACCGUACGAGAUUUGUAUCCCGUUGUACAGAUUAAUAAAUACCGAAAUGUUUUUAUUUUCUCACCGACGACGAUUCGAUCGAUGACAUAACGUUUAUCAUUUCACCGUUGUUGUUAUUUUUUUUUUUUUACCGUUUAAAUAAGUCGCACCCAGGAACCGAUCGAUCAACGUCCAGCACUGGACACACGGAUUACUCCAACUUCGCAAUUAUUCACACGAAACAAAUCUUCGUCGUAUGUUUUAUUUAUUGCAGUCUCGUUUUUCUUAAUUUAUUAUCCUGUCGUUUUAUCUUUGCCUACUCUUGAGCGCUUUAAUUGCGACGCGCACGU